CGGCUGCUGCGGGGAGGCUGGGCAGGGGUAGGAGCGAAUUUGGAGGGUCAUGCCGCGGGGUCGUCUCUGCGCCUGCGCCGCUCCGGGAUGCAGAACCUUGCAGAGCUGCUGUGGCGCCGGGUCCUGCGCAAGCGCUGGGUGCUCGCCCUGGUUUUCGGGCUCUCGCUGGUUUACUUCCUCUGCAGCACCUUCAAGCAGGAAGAGAGGGCGGUAAAAGACCGGAACCUUCUCCAGGUUCAAGACCGCGAGCAGCCCAUUCAGUGGAAGGUCCAGUUUAACCUGGGCAACAGCAGCCACCCCAGCAACCAGUGCCGAAACUCUGUUCAAGGGAAGGAAUUCCUCACGGACGAGCUGGGCUAUGUCUGCGAGAGGAAGAACCUGCUGGCGAAUGGCUGCUGCGAUGUCAAGGUCCCCAGCACGAAGCAGUACUGCUGUGAAGGGUGCCUGGUCAGUGGUUGCUGUGAAGUCUACGAGUACUGUGUCUCCUGCUGUCUGCAGCCCAGCAAGCAACCUCUGCUGGAACGCUUCCUCAACCGGGCAGCUGUGGCCUUCCAGAACCUCUUCACAGCAGUUGAAGACCACUUCGAACUGUGCUUGGCUAAGUGCAGGACUUCAUCGCAGAGUGUGCAACAUGAGAACACGUACCGUGACCCCGUAGCCAAGUACUGCUAUGGAGAGAGCCCACCUGUACUCUUCCCCGCAUGAGGCCUGUUGGAGAGACACCCAGAACCAGCCUGGUCCACGUGAGACGAUGAAGGAGGGAGCCAAGGAGGACCCUUGGCUUUGAGCAUGUCCUGUGGCAUCCAGUGUCUCUGUCUCCCUCACCUCCAGCUGCAGCAGACAGAGCUGUUCUGUAGAGCGGGCCCGGUGUGGCCCCGGCACCUUGCCUGGUUGUGGCCAUGGGACAGCUGCAGGGCCAGGUGCUUGGUUCCGUGUUGUGGUUUCUUAGUGACUUCUCAGUGGGGGAAGUCACACUGUUUUGUGCAGGACACCUUUGCCCGUGCUGUUGGAUCCACUCAAGGAGGUGACUGCUCUACGUGGUUCCUCACUGUCACAGUGACGUCGUUGCCGCACCAGACCCAAGUAUGUCUCCAGGAGUGUGAGUGCACGGGCUUAUUUUUGGUUGUUUUAACACCUGGCCAGCAGGCCUUGUAUCUAUAUCCCAACAUCUAGGGGUGUGUAGAGCCUCAGGGAGGUGCUGGUACCCACUGAGCCUGCGUAGAGCUGCCCUGGUAUGCUCAUAUCCCUGCAAUGGUGGUCGGAGGCCUGAAUCCCCUGAUGACUCUCCCAGUGGAAUUUGCUGUCACUGUACCCCUGUUGAAACCCCUCAGCCUUGGGGCAGGGGAGCCUUUCCCUUGUCUGUCACAGAAGCCGAUGGGGACCUGGUGAAUGCGGUCUACGGCACUCGUUCGUUCAUUCUUACCGCUCGCUCUCCGCUCCUGGCUGUGUGCCAGAGGAGAGCUUGUUAAGCUCCUACUCCAGCCUAAAGUUUCACAUCUGCUCUCAGUGGGAGACAUUUGCGGUAGCCAUGCCGUAGAACAUCCCAAAUGCCAGCCGUUGUCCAGUACUUGCAGGGGUGGGCAGUUGUCACCGGUAACUGAAACUUGGGUUUCAAGCAUGGGGCAAGACCCUUCCUUCUCGACUCUCCUGUCUUUUUCUCCAGUCUCCUAUAACACACACGGCUCCUGGAGACCCUUCACUGACCCUUACAGAGGCCACAGCCAGCAUUUGUGGUUUGGGCUCAGGUUGCCCUGGUGUCAGGCAUGAGUCUCCAGGGUUUCUCUCAGCAGCUUCAUAAAGCCGCGUCUCCCAACUGUUUGCCUUCCUGAUGGAAUUUCCUUCAGCUUCCUCCAGCUUCCUCUUCCUGCUCACCUCUGUGGAUGAAAGGACAGGCUGAUGAGAGUUGUUCUCGUUUGGGGUCACCAUGCUGGGAUCAGAUCCAGGACUUUGUGUGUGACUGGCAAACUUUUUGCUACUGAGUCCUGGCCCUGGCCAGGGAAUCGAUUUUUACUGUUAGAUCCCAGUCAUUCUGUUCCAUUUGCUCUGGACUUCUCAGUGUGUGGAUUCAAAGUUCACGGAAGAACUCGGUGCACCUGCGCAUUCUGGUGCAUUCUGGAAUGUCCUGGCAUGUUCUCACAUGUUCUGGCUUGCUUGCUCAUUCUUUCUGGUAACUGGGAGAUAUAUAAUUUUUUUAAGACAGGGUCUCCCAUUGCCCAGGCUGACAUCCAGCUUCGUAUGUGUUUGAUACCAACCUUAAACUCCUGAUGCCCUCUGCACCUGCCAAGUGCUGGGGUUAUAGGUGCAUGCCAGCUGCAUGGCUCAUCAGCCUUGUAAUGCCAGUCUACCGUUGGUCAGUGUUGGUGUUGGUCAGUCACUCCCUUGGGUUCAUUUUCACUCUCAGGAGUGGCGACACGGGGUUAAUGUAAACAUCAUGCCCAUUGCCAGCUCUCUCUGACCUGGCACUGGAAAGGCAUGUGUGUGCAGUCUUUGAGUUUAUAGACCCCGAACAGUUGAGAUCAAGAUUCCAGUUUACUUGUGUUUCACUCGACAGAUGAGGAAAUAGCUUACCCUCCCAAGUCCCUACCAGAAUAGAAUAAUCAAAACCCACAGAAGAACUUCACCUCGAAUCCAGCUCACAUGUCCUCUGGUGCACCUCCACAUCAUCUCCCCUGAGAACAGACAGCUUCAGUUAUUCCAGACAGGAGAAAGCGGCGUCUGCGUCCAUGCCGAGUUGGUAAUGCAGAGGUCACUUUUGAUUGACUGUGGAAUGUGGGUUUUGUGUUUUAAUCACACUGGGGAACACACACACACACACACACACACACACACACACACACACACAGCUGGGGAAGUCUGGGGAGGGGGCUGAGUGAGAAGAGCCCCAGGUAGGAGUGGAAUUGAGGAAGCCCGGAGGCCAGUGUUCACAUUGGUAUUACCUACUUCUCUGUGACUUUCCAGGCAGAACAAACAAAAACCCCAGGACGUUCCUCCCCUGUGAAAACACUGCCUGUGAGUCUGUUGUCUGCAGGCGCGUGUGAUACCCGUUGAGGACAUCUGGUCCCUUCCAUGGGGGUGGCCCGCCCUUACUGAGCACGAUUGUUAGCUCAGCUCCUGCAGCCACUUCUCCACAGGGGUUGGAGGUGUCUGUCUGUCCUUCCCUCUGUCCGUUUCGUAAGCUGUUUUCAGUGUUCCAGUUUGUAUUUAUGAUUAUUAUUAUUUUUAAGAUCAUGAGCCUGUGUGUACCAGCUCAGACUAAAUAAUGAGUUCUGGGUUGCAAAGAGGAUUUUUUUUUAACUUAAGAUGUUUAAGGGGCAGGUGAAUUAGCCCAGUGGACCUGGGUUCGGUUGCCAGCGCCCACACAGGGGACUCACAGCUGAUGGGAUGGGGUGACCUCUUCUGUCACAGGUACCCUAAUAUGUGGCAUGCGUUCGCACAGACACUACAAACAUACAAAAGUAAUGUAAUAAAGAUAAAUCUUUAAAAAACUAAAUCACAUGUAAUCAUUGGGGGGUACACACGUGCCAUGGUUUAGGUCGGAGGAAAAGUUUUGGAAGUUGGUACGUUUAUCCACCAUGUGGGCAUGGAACUCAGGGUGUCCGUCUUGGUGGCCUUGGCCCACGGAGCCAUCUUGCUGGUCCUGCCUGAGUCUGUGUCCAUAAAUUAAACGA